AGACACGUCAAGUUACCCAAGAGCAUCUCGCGAUAUUUGCCGCACUAUGGACUCCUGAAGCAAGAAGAAUGGGAAGAACUUGGCGUCCAGCAGCAAGCCGAAUGGGAGCAUUACAUGGUGCAUGCGCCAGAACCCCACAUUCUGCUGUUUCGACGGGAGUUUAAC